AUGGCGAACGGCUCUUGGGCCCGGCGGCGGGAGCAACCGGGAGAUUUCGUGCGGACAUUCGUUGCGGUGGUGGUGGUGCUGCAGCUCGGCCUGCACGCUGCGGCGGAGUUGCAGGCGCCGGCGGCGAAGGAGCCACCAUCGGCGACGGUGGAGGUUGAGGAAGGGAAGAGAUCGCACCACCACCGCCACGCCUACGCUGCCAUGAUCUACAUGGGCACGCCGAGGGACUACGAGUUCUACGUCGCCACGCGGGUCAUGCUGAGGUCCCUCGCGAAGCUCAACGCCGCAGCCGACCUCCUCGUCAUCGCCUCCGCCGACGUCCCCACCGCAUGGCAGCGAGCACUGUUAGUUUCCUUUUCCUCCGCACAAAGUGAAAACGGCCAUUAUCGCCGCCGUUACACCCCGUAUGUCGUGUGCAGGAAGGAAGAAGACGGGGUGAAGGUGGUGGUGGUGGAAAACCUAAGGAAUCCCUACGAGCAGCAGAGAAACUUCAACCAGAGAUUCAGGCUGACACUCAAUAAGCUCUACGCGUGGAGCCUGGUGGAGUACGAGCGCAUCGUCAUGCUCGACGCCGACAAUAUCUUCCUCCAGAACACCGACGAGCUCUUCGGCUGCGGCGAGUUCUGCGCCGUGUUCAUCAACCCCUGCAUCUUCCACACGGGGCUCUUCGUCUUGAAGGUGCGUCUUGAAGGGGGGGAUCUUCUUCUCUGCAAACCCGGCCACCUUCACCUAACUGGCGGAGGUUUUUCAACUUUUGCUACUACAGCCGUCGGCCGAAGUCUUCAAGGACAUGCUUCACGAGCUGGAAGCCGGCAGGAGGAACCGGGAUGGAGCAGACCAGGGCUUCCUUGUGAGCUACUUCCCUGACCUGCUGGACAGAACGAUGUUUCAUCCGCCGGGGAACGGUUCUAAGCUCGAGGGCACCUACCGGCUUCCUCUGGGCUACCAGAUGGAUGCCUCCUACUACUGUAAGCGCCUCUCUCACCCUUUCUCUCAUCUCUUCCCGACGAUGAGAGAGAAUCACGAAUCACUCAGACGGCGCCUUGUCUGGUGCAGACCUGAAGCUCCGGUGGAGGGUUCCAUGCGGGCCGAACAGCGUGAUCACCUUCCCCAGCGCGCCAUUGCUGAAGCCCUGGUACUGGUGGUCGUGGCCGGUGCUGCCACUGGGCCUCUUGUGGCACGAGCAGCGCCGCAGCUCGCUUGGGUGAGAGACACACCGCAGUAAUACCUGCCUCGCGAGAUUGAUGCCAACGAGUAUAGCUAAGCCCUUUGAGGCAUUUUGUCGAACAGGUACGGCGCAGAGGCCUCGGCCGCGAUAGCCCAAGCCGUCCUGUACAUAGCGAUCAUGGCCAUCACCAGGCUCGCACGGGGGAACCUGUCGAAGCUGUGCUGCAGCCGGCGGCCGGAGAAAUGCUCCGCCUUUCUCCAUGUUGUCAUCAGAGGAGCGGUCGUCUGGUGCCUCCUGGCGGCUUACACGGCGCCCUUCCUGCUCAUCCCCCGCACGGUUCACCCUCUCGUGGGCUGGCCGCUGUACUUACUCGGCUCCUCUACGCUGGCUUCUGUCGCCGCCGGCGCAUUCCUCCUGCCGCCGGUGGCCGUGCUCACGCCGUGGAUGGCGAUCGCCGGCUCCCUUGCGGUCAUGGCGUGGCCCUGGUACUCCGACGGCAUCGUCAGAGCGCUGGCGGUGUUCGGCUACGCCUUCUGCUGCGCCCCCUUUCUUUGGGUCUCGGCGACGAAGGUGAUGGGCUCCCUGCGGCGGGACGCCUCCCAGCUGCCAGAGUCCGUCAAACUCUGCUGA